AUUAUGGAAACGAUUUGUCUGUCGAACUCUAUUUGAAGAAACAACUAAAAUAUGAAACAACGAAGACUUGCGUUCUAUUCAUCGAGCGAGUGAUCAAGGGUACAUAAAAAUCUAUUUCCUGGAAUAACUUUAUGAAUAAUUGAAUAUUGUGACUAUAGGCAGGUCUUUAAGUUUAAGAAUUAUGGGCUCAACAAAAUACCGCCGGUAAUAACCUUGUCGGUAACUUGACCUUGACGGAAAUUCGACUCCUUCGGUUGUUCGACCCUCACCCCUUCCAGUUUCGCUUGGCCUAAAAAAAUACCGUCGGUGAAAACCCUGUCGGUAACAUUAUCGUGUUGGUAAUUUGACUCUUUCGAACGUAUGGCCGUCGUCUGAGCAGAUAUGCUAUUAUCAUUCCUGUUACCGACUAUCUAGACAGUAGCGCCGCACGUAAACAGUUCAGAAUUAUGUACAAUAAACAUAAAGGUAAAUGAAAGUCCUUAAAGUAAAAAUUCCUCACAAUUUCUACGACUCGUUCUGAUUGGUCAUCUUGAAUGAAUGAGCACUGUAAGAGUGAAAAUUCAAAUUGCGCGCGCAAGCCGCGCAUUCGAUCUUGCGUAAUUGAUAGUAGACAUUGGAUAUUUUCCGAUGUUUAUGGACGUUCAUGUGUCAUUCGUCGUGACAGUCCGAAAUUUUAAAUGAAGUUUCUCGAAAAUUUUUGACAGAUGGAUGGGUCGUAUUAUUUUAUUGGAAUUAUCGAGAUGAUUAAUCCAUCGAAUGUAUCAUUACUCAAUUUUAAACUACGGGUGAGUAAUACGGUAGGCAUGAGUAAUGUACUGAGCAAUCUACUCAAGUGUUUAAAAUUUGAAUAUGGUAAUUAUCGGAGACGAUUGAAUUUUUCAUCUGCGAGGAUAGAUUCAUUUUGUAAUUAAUUUUUUUUAUUGAUCAAUGUGUGUAUUGUACUAGUUAGUAUUUAUGUUGAUGGAUUUUAAAUAUUUUGUUUGUUUUCAAUUGCAUUUGUUUUUUCGUUUUUGCAACAUUUUUGGGAUAAUGGUCAAUAGGCGAAUUUCUAUUGAUAAAUUGUGAGAUAGAAAAUUGAAGGCCUAUUGGAACUAGAAAUAAAUGUCGACGUAAUUCUCAGGCCAAGGGGAAAACGUCGAGCGAAUAAUAAUUGUGUUAUGACGCAGCGUUGACUUAUCUCUGUGGAGUCAUUUCCGCGGGAUGCCGCAGUAUCCUUUCAGUCAGCACGUCGAGCUCACACUGAUUUGAUUCUCUCAUUUUUCAAACACAGUUGUUUAGACACCUCCAGAAAUGAGGAUUUCAGGAUUUGUGAUUAUUUUGUUGAGUAUUUUGAAAAAUUCCGCGGCAGAGGAUGGUGACCAGGAUGUAGUGGACUGCGCUGCACAGUUAAAGUGCAGCAGCUGCAUAAAGACACCGGCGUGUGUGUGGUGCCCGGCCACAGGAUUGAAUGCAUCUAAUGUACUCCCGGCUCGUUGCAUACCCAGGAGAGUUCACGAGGAGCGCAUUCAACAAGGGAGAGAUUGGUGUUUCGGUCAUAAAAUAAUUGACGAAGUCUCUUCAAUCGCAGUUGAGAAAAAUGACUCGCUGUCAUCGGUUAAGGGGAAAGAGCCGGUGCAAGUGCAGCCACAGAAUAUUCGCCUGAAGCUUAGAAGACGGGAGGAGUUUCGAUUGAAGCUGAGGUACACUCAGGCUGAGGAUAACCCGGUGGAUAUGUACUACCUCAUGGACCUCUCUGCCUCGAUGCGAGAGUACAGAAAACACUUGUCGGAGUUGGGGGAAGAGUUGGCUGCCACUAUGAGAAAUUUAACGUCUAAAUUUAAAAUUGGAUUUGGAAGUUUUGUUGACAAAGUUGCUCUCCCUAUGACGGAUACUUCACCUGCCAAAUUAAUCAAACCAUGCGAUGAUUGUGCAUCACCUUAUGGCUAUAAACAUCAAUUGGCUCUAACUGACGACGACAAAUCAUUCACAAGGCAAGUGAAAGCAGCUCCUAUUUCCGGGAAUUUGGAUGCUCCAGAAGGAGGAUUCGACGCGAUGAUGCAGGCCAUGGUCUGUACUGAGCGAAUUGGUUGGAAUGAGAAUGCACGUCAUCUUCUCGUCGUCUCCACGGAUGCCAGCUCUCACAUGGCUGGUGACGGUCGACUGGCGGGAAUAAUAGAGCCAAAUGAUGGUCAAUGCCACUUGGAUUCAUCCGGAACCUACACUCACUCACUUCUCCAGGACUACCCAUCCCUCGCCCAGAUAAAUAAACAGGCUCGAGAUCACAACAUUCACGUGGUUUUUGCAGUUCCUGCCCUCAAAAAUGAGACUUAUCAGAUGCUGAGUCGAGGAAUUCGAGACUCAGCUGUUGGGAUUAUUGAGAAACACGAUCGAUCUGCUGUCAUACAACUGAUGCAGGACGAAUACCAGAAAUUAGUGACGUCAGUCACCUUAAUCGACACAGCUCCAGACUUUAUCGACGUCAAAUACUCAUCAUCAUGUCUUAGUGGGAUUGGGGAGAAGGAGACGAAUUUCUGCGAUGGUCUCCACUAUGGAGAUAUCGUGGAGUUUGACAUAGUGGUGACCGCCACCGAAUGCCCGGCUGAUCAAACACUUUGGAAAGGUUCGUUUCUGAUCAGGCCUCAGGGAGUGAAGGAGAAUCUUACGAUUGAUUAUGAAUUGAUCUGUGGAUGUCCAUGUGAUCAUCCAGGGCAUUCAGGUCACAUCACCAAUGCAAAAGAAUGCAAUCACAAGGGCGCAUUGAUAUGCGGUGUAUGCGACUGUCCUCCUGGCUACUAUGAUGAUGCUUGUGCAUGUCCUGUUGACGAUGAUCCUACCACCAAGAAAAAUCGGGUGAAAAAUUGUCGAGCGGCAAAUCACACGGUCGACUGCAGUGGUCACGAUGUAUGUAUAUGCGGCAAGUGCCAAUGCAGUGCCCUUUCAUCGGGUGAUAAAGUAUACUACGGUGACUACUGCGAGUGCAAUAACUUCUCCUGCAACCGGGUAACCGAAGGUGGUCGUCAUCUGAUUUGUAAUAAUCAUGGCGAGUGCAUGUGCGGCACGUGCAGGUGCCAACGGGGAUGGAGCGGUGAGGCUUGUGAAUGCAGGGACAAUGCUUGUUUACCACCUGGGAAGAAUACCGAGAUUUGCAGCGGUCGGGGGGAGUGCAAGUGUGGAAAAUGCCUCUGUAAUCCACCCAGUAUUUAUUCUGGGGAAUUCUGUCAAAAUGCUUAUUGCGAGGACCCCAAAGCUUGUUCCGGUAGUGACUGUGAUCUUUUAAAAGACUGUGUUGAAUGCUUCGCCUACAAAACUGGACCAAAAGCCAAGGAAAACUGUGGCGGAUGCGAUGACGAGAUUUCUUACGUAGAUAAAGUUGUAACGAGCAGGGAAGAGCAUGCAGCAGGGACUCGCAUGUGCUGGGUGCCCUCAGAAGACGGUUGCACAUUUGCAUUCAAGUACGCCCUCCUCCGAGAAGGGGGUGAUCAGAAAUUGUACAACAUAACUGUCGAGAGAACAAAAAAAUGUCCCGAAGCAGUGCCAGUUCUGGGGGUCGCCAUUGGAGUGGUAGUUGCCACUGUCCUUCUAGGGUUGUUGGGCCUUGUCAUCUGGAAAGUUCUCACUACUAUCCAUGACAGGCGGGAGUACGCUAAAUUCGAGAAAGAGAGAUCUUCGGCUAAAUGGGGAAGAGAUGAAAAUCCACUGUACAAACCGUCGACGACAACAUUCAGUAACCCAACGUUUGAACAGACUAGACAACAGUAAUACCAAGUCCAAUAGAAAAUAGUUAGUUUAAGUAUUUUAUAUUUAUCAGUGAAUGCUGCCGCUAGUUUUGUACCAAAUACGACUGAAUGAAGAAUUGAAUAUCCGAAAGUAUCGACAGAUUUGUAAAAUUUUAAUUUAUGACAGGAUAAACUACCCAGUAGACAAACGAUUACACGUUUCAUUGAGUAUUGCGUAAAUAACUGAAUGAAAAUUGCAUAAUUUAAUUUAAUUUUUAAUAAAACGAAACUAAUUUACACCUAUCAAA